ACCAUUAGAAUUGAAUCACCAAAUUAAACAAAGUAAAAACAACAUGAAAGUCCUAAACCUAUUUCUAUUUUUAUUUUUUGUUUCCCAAGUAAAUUAUACUUCAAGUUCACCCAUACACAAUUUCCUUGCAUGCCUUCAAUCUAACUCGAGUACUUCGAAUAAUUCGAUCUCAAAUGCCAUCUAUACUAAUACAAAUCCUUCGUUCUUAAAUGUUCUUCAUAGCUACAUACGCGAUAGUAGUUUUAACAUGACUACUACUCCAAAACCUCUAGCAAUAGUCACGGCCUUGGACGUGUCCCACGUCCAAGCAACCGUGACAUGUGCUAGGACAAGUAAGAUUGAAAUCAGGAUUAGAAGUGGAGGGCAUGAUUACGAAGGCCUCUCAUACGUCUCAAAUAAUCCCUUUGUAAUCCUCGACAUGUUCAAUCUUCGAUCCAUCGAUAUUGACAUACCAAGUGAGACUGCUACCGUUGAAGCCGGAGCAACUCUUGGUGAACUUUACUAUAACAUUGCUCGAAAGAGUAAGGUCCAUGGUUUCCCUGCAGGAGUGUGCUUUACUGUUGGCGCCGGAGGCCACUUUAGUGGGGGUGGCUAUGGGAACAUGCUAAGGCAAUAUGGCUUGUCCGUCGAUAACAUUAUCGAUGCACAAGUUGUCGAUGCAAAUGGGAGGAUCCUUAACCGCGAAACUAUGGGUGAAGAUCUUUUUUGGGCUAUAAGGGGUGGUGGAGGUGCUAGUUUUUGUGUCAUAUUAUCAUGGAAAAUCAAACUAGUACGCGUUCCAGAGAUUGUAACCGUUUUUAAUGUCCAAAAGACGUUAGAACAAAGUGCUACGGAUAUAGUCUUGCAAUGGCAACGAGUGGCUUCUACCAUCGAUAGGAAGCUCUUCAUAAGAGUUCAACCACAAGUUAUGCAACAAGGAAGCAAAAAGACGGUCCAAGUUUCAUUCAUUGGUUUAUACCUAGGACGUGCCAACAAGCUUCUUCCUUUGAUGAACACGAGCUUUUCGAGUUUGGGCUUAAAAAAACAGGAUUGCUCUGAAAUGCCAUGGAUAGAAACAACUUUAUUUUGGAAUGGUAAUCCAAUAGGUACUCCACUUGAGGUGUUACUAGAAAGGACACCAACACCGCCCCAUUCCUUUAGCAAACACAAGUCUGAUUAUGUGAAAAAACCUAUCCCAAGGGCAGGGCUAGAGACUAUAUGGAAAAAGAUGAUCGAGGUGGAGUCUAAUAACAUUAUGCUCCUACAAUGGAAUCCUUAUGGUGGGAGGAUGAGCGAGAUCCCUGAGGGUGCAACGGCCUUCCCACAUCGAGCAGGGAACCUUUUUAAGAUACAAUACAUCACAACAUGGCAAGAUGAUAGUGUUGAGGCUCUAAAUAGGAAUAUCGAAUUGACUAGAGAUCUUCAUGAUACAUUCACCCCUUUUGUGUCUAAGAAUCCAAGAGAAGCAUUCUUGAAUUAUAGGGACAUUGAUGUUGGCACUAACAAGGGUGGGAGCUUAGUUUUUGCUAAGGACUUUUUUAAGGACAAUGUCAAGAGAUUGUUGCAAGUUAAGGCUAAGGUUGAUCCGAGCAAUUUCUUCAGGUCUGAACAAAGUAUACCAGUAUUUCCUAAGAAACUAUCAGAUUGAUGCUCAUGAAUAUGGAUUGGACAAAAAGUUGGAUUACAUUGUUUGAAUUUCUAAGUAUUUUAUUGUAUCAAUAAUUAGUGUGCUUUUGUAAAAAACUUAUAUAUACCAAUAAAAUCGAAUAAAUGGUGUGUAUAAUGCCAAUUUAAAAAAAUAGCAUGGUUCCUAUGCAGGUCAUAUGUAUUGAUUAAGUCAAAACUCAAGGUAUAACGUAAUUACGUAACACCAAAAAAAGUAUCUAAAGCGUUUAGUUCACCUUA